UAAACUGUUGAUGAUUCAUCCACUACAUAUCUUAUUAAACCACUAGAAGAUGUUCUAAAAACAUUUAUAUCGACAAAUGUUUGUGCAUAAGCAUGAUUCAUCUCACAGCAGUUCUUCUCUCCACCCCCACUUCUACUCUACCAUUCAAACAUAGAAUUCAUUCCCAUCCUUUACAACAGAUUCUUCUUUCUACACCCCCACACCCACAAUUUAACACCACCCACCUCAAAUCACCACCAUCCAUAUCUAAUUCUAAAAAAUGGAGAAACAAGGUUUCAUUCUUCCAAGAUUUUCUCACUGGAGGAGACAGAGAAAGGAAUAUUCAGAGCCUCAAAGAUGAACUCUAUGAAACAAUUGCACCACUUGACCGUGGCGCUGAGGCUACUUCUGAAGACCAACAACGUGUGGACAAGAUUGCUAGUAAACUUGAAGCUAUGAAUUCUGUUAAGGAGCCUCUCAACUCUGAUUUGCUCAAUGGAAAAUGGGAGCUUUUGUAUACAACAUCUCAAUCAAUUUUGCAAACAAAGAGACCGAAAUUGUUGCGACCAAAUGGAAAGAUCUAUCAGGCAAUUAAUGCAGAUACAUUAAGAGCUCAAAAUAUAGAAACUUGGCCGUUCUUCAACCAGGCCACUGCCAAUUUAGUACCACUUAACUCAAGAAAAGUGGCUGUCAAGUUUGACUUCUUCAAGAUUGCUAGUUUGAUACCUAUAAAAUCACCUGGGAGUGGUCGUGGCGAAUUGGAAAUUACUUAUUUGGAUCAAGAUUUAAGAAUAUCAAGAGGUAAUAGAGGCAACCUGUUUAUAUUGAAAAUGGUAGAUCCAUCUUAUAGAGUCCCUACAUGAAGGGUGUUCUUCAAGAAUUCAACUUACACUUGACAACAUGAAUCAAUGCUACCAAAAAUUCAAGUCAAGAAAUGGUUCACAAUUUAUGUACAACAGUCAAGCUUUUUCUCAUCAUGUUAUGUUGGGAAAGGGAAAUCGAUAAGGAUCAUGUGAAUGUCUGCAUCAACUGUUUGGUCGUAUGCAACCAAUAUUAAAAUAUUGGUUUUUCUUGUUUAUAAAAUAUUGUUUUCUUAAUACGCCAAUAUGUAUACUUUUGAAGGUCAAACAAGUCCGCAUUAAGAUAUUCAAAUUUAAUCGUAGAGUCAAAGUUCAUUUUAA